ACACAGUCAGGCAGUCGUCCUCUUAAACACAACAGCAGUGAUGGCAUCAACAAGUAAAGAUAUGAGGAUUGUGCUGGUGGGUAAAACUGGGUCAGGAAAGAGUGCAACAGGAAACAAGAUACUGGGUAAAGAUGUGUUUAAGGAAGAUUUUUCCCCUAAUGUUGUUACUAGACAUUGUGAAAAAGAAGAGACAAUAAUGGAGAAUCGAAAAAUCUCAGUGACUGACACCCCAGGACUCUCUUAUACAUCAAUCAGUAAUAAAGAACUGACGUCUGAAAUACAGAAGUGUAUAGCGAUGUCCAUUCCUGGUCCUCACGUGUUCCUGCUCGUCAUCAAAGUGGGGAGAUUUACAGAAGAGGAACAGAAGACAGUAAAGUGGAUUCAGGAAAAUUUUGGUGAAGAUGCGGCAAAGUACACCAUCAUACUGUUCACUCAUGUAGAUUUGCUGAAUCGUAAAACAUUAGAGGAAUUUAUCGAAGAAAGUCCGGAAAUAGAGGCAUUAAUUGAGAAGUGUGGGGGUAGAUAUCACGCAUUUAACAAUCAAGAUAAAAAUGAUCAAACUCCGGUUACAGAACUGCUGCAGAAGAUUGAUAAAAUGGUGAACAUUAAUGUAAAAAAGUACUACACUAAUGAGAUUUAUAUACAAGCUCAGAGACGCAUAUUAAUCCAAACAAUAAAAGACAUAGGAAUAAAAGCAGCAAUAUAUGGAGGAACCUUGGUACUAUGUGCAGUAGGUGCAGCAUGUGUAGGUAGAGCACGUGCAGAAGCUGAAGUACGUGCAUGUGCAGAAGGUGCAGUACAUGCAGUUGUAACACAUGCAGAUGCAGCAGCACAAGCAGGUGUAACAGCUGCAGCACAUGCAGCACGUGCAGCACGUGCAGUUGCAGCAGGUGCACCAGCUGCAGCACAUGCAGGUGUAAAUGCAGGUGCAGCACAUGCAGGAGCAGCGGCUGCAGCACGUACAGGUGCAGCGGCUGCAGCUGGAGCAGGUGCCGCAGCUGCAGCCGGAGCAAGCGGGUCAGGUGCCGCAGCUGCAGCCGGAGCAAGCGGGUCAGGUGCCGCAGCUGCAGCCGGGUCAUGUGCCGCAGCUGCAGCCGGGUCAGGUGCCGCAGCUGCAGCCGGAGCAGGUGCAGCAGCUGCAGCCGGGUCAGGUGCAGCAGCUGCUGUAGGAGGCAGGCCAUAACAUUGAUGGCCAUACUUAAAGUAGAGCAGAUUUUUAAACACUAACUGGCAGAUGUUUUCAUAUAUCGCGAUAAAUGGACAACAGCCAGAUUGUGCUGAAUCAUAUCUGCCCUUUUUAUUUUCUCAUAAUAACUGUUGUCAAGGUGAUUUUCAGUGGAUGUUUUUAGUCAACUCCUAUACAGUUUUACGUGUCCAAAUUUCUAGUUGUAGUCCUAUCUUUGUUGCCCCAUCUUAUUGUACUAACCUGUGUUGGGUUUCCACUGAUUUGUCUUUAUUUAUGUACCCAUGUGUUUUUUGUGAUUGUUUUCCAUAACUGUGGUAAGAAUGUAUCUUCGUUUCUUGGGUUCACGGUCAUUUGGGUUUAUGUCACUUAGAUAGUUUAUCUACCUUGUUUAAUGUAUUCUACCUUGUUGCUUUAUUCUUUAUAAACUGUACAUUUCAGUCUAUUCACAUGUUCAGAAUGAGCCUCCCAUUGUAUGAGAAACCAGAAAAGUAUAAUGGCUAUUUGGGACUGCUGAAAUAUCAAAACUGUUUGUCAGUUAGUCAUGUUGAAUAAAGGGCGUGUAGUCAUGUUGAAUAAAGGGUGUGUUAUGGUUGAUGCUGAUGUCAUAUUUAGCAAAGUCAAGAGUUACUUUUGUAUUGAUAACAUAAAAUUGGGUUUUUACGUGUAAUAGAUUAUAUGACUAAUGAUACUAAAGAUAAUGUGAUGAUGUAGGGUCUUAACAAUAGUACUCUAUGAAAUAAUGCAAGUUUUUACACUGG